AACACACGUGUCGUUUUGCACUGCUCAGCUCAGGGGAUAAACUGAAAAUCAAGCUGAAAAAUGCAGUCCGCGCUGCUCCAAAUCCUAGCUACUCUCACUCUCCUGGGCUGCGGGGUCCGUGGAGUCGACGUGGGUCAAGACAUGCGGAGCUUCUCGUCUGCUAUCAAGGACGGAAAAAUCGGUCCGAACACGGAGAAAGUCCUGUACGAACACAGCACCGGGCAGCCUGGAGUGAUCACCGAGCAGUGGUUUACAGGAAUCAACGUAAUGGACGAGAGAAUGAGGAUCAGGAUCUACAUCGACGGCGAAGCGGAGGCCAGCCUGGACUUCAUGCUGUUGCUGGCUCACGGGAUCGGGUUCACAGAGACUCUGGAGAAGCAGUACACUCCCUGGGGCACCAGGCGACUGGCGCACACUGCAGACGGUGGCAUCUACAACACAUACAGCAUACCCUUCUCGAAGUCUUUCCACGUCACUGCAACUCACCCGGUCGGCGGGUACUUCUUUUACAUAAUCCGUGGUGUUGAGAACAUGCCCGUGGUGGUGGGCGAUCUCGUCUUGCCUGCAAACACUCGUCUUCGUCUGUUCAAGAACGAAGACGUGAAGCUUUCUCCACUGGAGUUCAUCACUCUGGCAAACGUCAGUGACACGGCGGGGAUGCUAUUCCAGGUCACGCUAGCAGCGAACAGCAGCGACUUUAACUAUCUCGAGGCUUGUUUCAGAGCGAGGAUCGACGAUGCUGCCAAUAUCACCUGGCUUUCCUCCGGCACCGAAGAUUUCUUUCUCUCCGCUUACUACUUCAACCGCGGCAUCUACCACCUUGAUAACUCGGGGCUCACCUACAUCUCAAGUAGCCCGGCGAAUGCCAUGUCGGCCUACAAGUUCUUUGAAAACGAUCCUCUUCUCUUUACAAAGUCGUUUGAGCUCAUCUGGAGGUGUGGGGAGACUAUCAAUGCUAAUAGUGGGUGUCCAAAUGACUGGCCACCUCCGGGUCCCUCUGAAUCAGUCAAUCAGGGAGGGUCCUCCCCCAAAUUAGCUGAUACUGUCGUAACCACCUAUACUUGGGUAUACGAGUACUCAUUUUGAGUCUCCAUGGAAAUUAUAAACUAAAUACACCCAACACUAUGAUUAUAUAUAGUCACCAUAAAUGCUCUCUGCAACAAAAUAUGAAACAUUAGCUUCACGGAACAUUAGCUUAGCUUCUUGUAUUUGUAGUC